AUGAACGUGAGAAGGCUUGCUAAAGAAAGGAUCAAAAAGGAUGAGUCUGCCUGGGCCUUCCAUUCAGACCAGACAGCCCUGGUCGGAGCAGCCCCAGCUCCCCACAGCCUCCCCAGGGACUGUCCUCCCCUCUGUCCCCCUGAGGCCCACUGCUCAGGGGAUGCUGGGGGUGUGGCAAUGGGGAGACACACAGGGCUGUGUUUACUCUUCUCUGUGGCCCUGGGACGCCUUGUGAGGAGGAAGGCCUGUCUCACGGGCGACAGACUGAGGUGUCUGAUGCGGAUUUGGUCGUGGGAGCAAUGUGGGGAGACUAGCCUGGUGCUACUGGGGUUCCUCACCCUGGGAUUGUCUGUAGGGAACCUCUCAACCAGGGGACAGGAGGAUGGGGCAGCCUCCAACAGUCUGGAGGAUGAGCUGGAGUCCACCACAUACUGGUGGGGAGAGUGGGCCAAGUGGACCGCCUGCACGCGCACCUGUGGAGGUGGGGUCAUGUCCCAGGAGAGGCACUGUCUCAAACAGAGAAAGAAAGCAGCCGCUGGUAGAUACAACAUGACCUGCACUGGCACUUCGAAAAAAUACCUCCUCUGUAACACCAAGGACUGCCCUUCCUCUGGGAGAAGCUUCAGGGAAGAGCAGUGCUGGUCGUUCAACUCACAGGUCUACAAUGGCAGGAACUACCACUGGAAACCCCUGUAUCCCGAUGACUAUGUCCAUAUCUCCAGUAACCCAUGUGACCUGCACUGCACCACAGCCGACGGCCAGAGACAGCUGAUGGUUCCUGCCCGAGACGGAACAUCCUGCAAGUACAGCAACUACAGAGGGGUCUGUGUGGACGGCAGAUGUGAGCCAAUCGGGUGUGAUGGAGUGCUCUUCUCGCCCAAUACACUGGAUACGUGUGGAGUGUGUCAGGGGGAUGGCAGCAGCUGCAGCAGGGUCAACGGAAACUUCCGCCGCGAGGCCACCAGUUUGGGUUACUCCUUUAUCACAACAAUCCCUGAGGGUUCCUGGGACAUCCAGAUCAUUGAGAGGAAGAAGUCAGCUGAUGUUUUGGCUGUGACUGAUCAGGCGGGGAACUUCUUUUUCAAUGGGAACUACAAGGUGGACAGCCCCCAGAACUUCCAUGCGGCGGGGACCGUCUUCAAGUACCGGCGGCCCAUGGAUGUGUAUGAGACGGGGAUCGAGUACAUCGCAGCCAAAGGGCCCAUCAACCAGGCCAUCAAUGUUCUGGUGUGGAACCAGAAUGGUCGUAUCCCUUACAUUACGUACGAGUACACCGUCCUACGGGAGUCCCUGUCCCCCAUCCCUCAACCCCCUGUCUACACCGGCCCCGACAGCACCACCCCUGGGGUUUCCAUGGAGAUGGGCAGUAUGGUGGCCCCCAACGAGAGCACGUAUGACAAGGCGAUACCUGAGACUCAGCAGAACCGUUUGUUGAAGAAGGGGGCCGAGAUGGCAGGGGCCGAGGGCCAGGAGACCAAUGAGGUGUAUGAGGAGACAGCAGCCAUUGACUCUGACCAGGACAGCCCAACCCUUCCACAAUACACAGAUGGCAACAGCAGUCACACAGGCAGUGUAGCAGUCCCUGCCCCGGCAGCCAGCAGGCCUUUAGAGGAGGUGCCAGACCCAGAGAACCUCAUCUGGAGAGUCUUGCUGGGCGAGCGGAUUGGUCCAGAUGUGGGAGAGGGACUGUUCUCGUCAGAGGUGGGGCCAUUGGACGUAGACCAUAGCAGUGUGAAGUUCCCCCUCAAAAGCUCACUGGGGGAGUUCAGUCUGGGCCGGCGGAGGAAUGAUACUGGAGACCUGCUGUUCCCCAACAGGACGUUGCUGACAGGGAUGAGGAGCAACAACCGUACCAACAGAACCAGGACCAUUCAGAGGUUCCUGCAGAAGAACUUCAAGCUGAGCCCUGCAGACAUGUACCGCUGGAAACUGUCUCCUCAGGAACCCUGCACCUCCACCUGCUCUAUAGGAGUAUCAAAGUCCUUUGCCAUGUGUGUGCGCUACGAUGGAGCUGAGGUAGAUGACAUGCAGUGUGACAAUAUGACCCGACCUGAACCUGUUCAUGACUUCUGCAUUGGGAGGGAGUGCCAGCCUAGGUGGGAGGCCAGCAGUUGGAGUGAAUGUUCUCGUACUUGUGGUGAGGGCUUCCAGUUCCGUCUGGUGCGCUGCUGGAAGAUGCUGUCCCCAGGGCUGGACAGCUCUGUGUACAGUGAUCUCUGCACCGUGGCGGAACUGGAGAGGCCCCUGGAGCGCCGUGCCUGUAAGAGCCCCACCUGUGGCCCCCAAUGGGAGGUGGCCGAGUGGACUGAGUGUCCAGCCAAGUGUGGCCACAGGGCCCAAGUGACCCGGGAGGUCAGGUGUUCAGACGAAACCAAGUUAUGUGAUCCCCCGACCCGCCCCUCUAACAUUAAGAACUGCACAGGCUCACCCUGCGAACGCCAGUGGACUGUGUCAGAAUGGGGGCCAUGCUCGGGGUUGUGUGGCCAGGGGAAGAUGGUACGCCACGUGUACUGUAAAACACCAGAGGGCCGUGUGGUGCCUGAAUCUCAGUGCUCUCCGGAGAAUAAGCCCCUGGCCAUCCAUCCCUGUGGGGAGAAGGACUGUGCCCCACACUGGCUCACUCAGGACUGGGAGAGGUGUAACACGACAUGUGGCCGCGGUGUGAAGCGGAGGAUCGUGCAAUGCGCCGGCAUCACCGCUGGGAAGUUCCAGACCCACGACAACGAGGACUGUGGUGCCAGUGAGAGGCCAGAGGACGAGAACACCUGCUUUGAGAGGCCCUGUUUCAAGUGGUACACCACACCCUGGUCUGAGUGCACUAAGAUGUGUGGUGUGGGUGUUAGGAUGAGAGAUGUAAAGUGCUACCAGGCUAGGGAGAUCGUGAGAGGGUGUGACUCCCUGACCAAGCCUGUGGCCAAGCAGACCUGCGCCCUGCAACCCUGUCCCACUGAACCCCCAGAUGAGAGCUGUCAGGACCGACCCACCACCAACUGCUCUCUAGCUCUGAAGGUGAACCUGUGCAGUCACUGGUACUACAGCAAGGCCUGCUGCCAUUCCUGCAGGGCCCAGCACACCUCUUAG